UCUCUACUUCUCUCUCUAUAUAUAGAAAUAGAUCAUAUUAUGCAUGGCAAAGAGAUCCUUUAAACCAAGAGAGUCUUAAUCUUCCCCAUAAAUGAAAGGAGGAGAAGAAGAAGAAGCAAAAGAGCUUGUGUAUGGAAUAAACAUAGAAAUGGCAGAAAGAGGGACGAAGCUUGAGCUAACAGUAGAUGAAGUAGUAGAAGGUUACGUAGGAUCCCUAGGAAUCUCGCAGAUACUGCAUGUAUUGUUAGUAUCUCUGGCUUGGAUCUUCGAUUCUCAGAACGCAUUGGUUACCAUCUUCAGCGAUGCACAGCCACCUUCUUGGAGAUGCAUAUCGCCACCUUUCCAUUCGGGUAAUUCUACGGCAGAGAUGGCACCUGUGUGCAGCUCCGUCGUCGGUGACGGCAAAGGGGGUGGUGGCUCUGUUUGUGGGCUGCCGCCGGGGACAUGGGAGUGGGUUGGUGGGAAUAGGAGCUCUACUGUUGCCGAGUGGGGUCUCAUCUGUAAUCGAAGGUUCCUUGCUGGCGUACCUGCUUCACUCUUCUUUCUUGGUUCUCUUUUGGGGUCAGGUGUUUUUGGGUUCCUAGCCGAUGCAUAUCUGGGUAGAAAAAGAGCAGUGCUUCUCUCAUGCAUAUUAACCUCUACAACAGCUUUUCUCACAUCCCUCUCACCAAAUAUUUGGAUUUAUUCACUUCUCCGCUUUGCAAAUGGAUUUUCUCGUUCAGGAAUCGGCAUUUGCUGUCUUGUUCUAUCCACUGAAUCCGUUGGCCGGAAAUGGCGUGGCCAAGUUGGCCAGUACGGCUUCUUCUUCUUCUCUGCAGGCUUUCUUUCUCUUCCUUUAAUUGCCUAUCAUUGUAGAACUUCUUGGAGGAGUUUAUACCAAGUCAUUUCACUUUUUCCCCUUGUUUACUCUCUCCUGUUUCUCCCUUUCGUCUCCGAGUCUCCUCGUUGGCUUCUCGUAAAAGGCCGAAGCAAAGAAGCUCUUGAGAUAUUGCAGAGAUAUGCCAGACUCAAUGGCAAGAAGCUGCCUUCUAAUUUAACUCUCGCGAAUCCUUCAGUAUCUCAAGUGGGUGGCGAAGCAUUAGCUGAAACUAAGGCAAAUGAUAAGGAAAGCUUGUGGAGCACUAAGUGGGCUGCUAGAAGAAUGAUCAUGGUUAUGAUAACUGGCUUUGGAGUUGGUUUUGUUUAUUAUGGUAUUCAACUAAACGUUGAAAAUCUCAAUUUCAAUCUCUAUUUCACAGUUGCAGUGAAUGCAUUGAUGGAAAUUCCGGCAGUUGUUAUAGGAACUGUACUCUUGAGCUUCACAAACAGGCGUCUUCUAUUCUCUCAGUCUGCGUUCAUAACUGGUGUUUCCUGCAUUCUUUGCAUCGUUUUCUCGCGUGGAAGACGAGCAAAGGGUGAUGAAUCAGGUGGAAGUUGGCCUCAACUUAUACUUGAAGGAAUUGGAUUCAUGGCAGCUUCAACAGCAUUUGAUGUUCUGUAUAUUUACUGCGUUGAGCUUUUUCCGACAAACGUAAGAAACUUUGCUGUUUCGAUGUUGAGGCAAGCUUUGAUGUUGGGGGCUUCAAUAUCACCUGCGAUGGUUGUGAUUGGUCGAUUGAGCCCAUCACUGUCAUUUCUUGUCUUCGGAGUCCUAUCCAUCUUCAGUGGGAUUUUGAGUUUAUGGCUGCCUGAGACUAAAAAUGCUCCUCUUUAUGAAACCCUAAAGCAGCAAGAAGAAGAUGAAAAACAAAGUAAUGAAGUACAAUGAUUCACAGGAUAUGCAACUGGUGAAGUAGAAGAUAACCUAGUACUUCUAGAUGUACAGAUAUUUGGUAUUAUUAUGGAAUGCUUUGGCAGAACAUGGUAAUUUGGUGUGGCUAGAGCAGAAGUCUCAUAUUAAGUUUGUAAUAUGUAAAACAAAUGAAUAAUGUCGAAUCCGUCAAUUUAAAAUUUAAAAUAUUGAUAAAAAUUUAUAGAUA